AUGAGACCGACUUCCACACGAGUACUCACUCUUCCACAUGAGGGAGGGAAGUUCGUGGUGUAUAGCGAUGCAUCGAAGUUGGGGCUAGGAUGUGUGUUGAUGCAGAAUGAUAGGGUGAUUGCUUACACUUUGCGACAGCUGAAGAAGCACGAGGAGAAUUACCUGACACAUGACCUGGAAUUGGUAGCGGUGGUCUUCGCUUUGAAGAUUUGGAGGUUUACUUCCACUCUUUGGAAGAGGUUACAGGAAGAGAUGGGCACAAAGCUCAAGUUUAGCAUGGCCUUCCAUCCUCAGACAAACGAGCAGACUGAGAGGGUAGAACAGAUUUUGGAAGAUAUGUUGUGGGUAUGGGUUCUGGACUUCCAGGGUAACUGGGACAAUCAUUUGGCUCUGGUGAAGUUCGCGUACAACAAUAGUUUCCAAUCCAGCAUAGGCAUGGCACCUUAUGAGGCUCUCUAUAGCUGCCCUUACCGAGCUCCCCAGUGCUGGCAGAAGUAA